AUAAACACCUUUUCUUUUUCAUUUUCUCCAAUGCCUUCCAUUACCUUAAUUAAUUAGUAAUCACUAAACCCUAAAGAAAAGAGAGAAACAAACAAAAAUGGCAGUCAUCGAUCGGAUAUUUCCCAGUUCUUGCUUCUUUUUUGUUGCCAUUUUGCUUCUUUUAGCUCCCACAUUGUCAUUAGCUAAUCCAACAGUUCAUCACCAUGAGUUUGUUGUUCAAGCAACAAAAGUGAAGAGAUUGUGCAAAACUCACAAUACAAUCACAGUAAAUGGGAUGUUUCCUGGACCAACUUUGGAACUGCAUAAUGGAGACAGUUUAGUUGUCAAAGUUGUCAACAAAGCAAGAUAUAAUCUUACCAUUCAUUGGCAUGGUGUAAGGCAAAUGAGGACAGGAUGGGCAGAUGGACCUGAAUUUGUGACACAAUGUCCAAUUAGACCAGGAGGGAGUUACACUUACAGGUUUACUAUUGAAGGGCAAGAAGGGACACUUUGGUGGCAUGCUCAUAGUUCUUGGCUUAGAGCUACUGUUUAUGGUGCUCUAAUUAUAUACCCUAAAGAAGGAACCUCAUACCCUUUCCCUAAACCAAAAAGAGAAACACCAAUCCUUCUUGGGGAAUGGUGGGAUGCAAACCCCAUUGAUGUAGUGAGAGAAGCAACUAGAACUGGAGCAGCUCCAAAUAUUUCUGAUGCUUAUACCAUUAAUGGUCAACCUGGUGACCUUUAUAACUGCUCCAGCAAAGACACUGUAAUAGUUCCAAUCGGCUCCGGCGAGACAAACCUUCUCCGAGUCAUCAACGCUGCGCUCAAUCAACCACUAUUUUUCACCAUUGCAAACCACAAAUUCACAGUUGUUGGUGCUGAUGCUUCAUAUCUGAAACCUUUCACUACAUCAGUUAUUAUGCUAGGACCUGGUCAGACCACCGAUGUUUUGAUCUCCGGUGACCAGCCUCCGGCGAGAUAUUACCUGGCGGCACGUGCAUAUCAAAGUGCUCAAAAUGCUCCAUUUGAUAAUACUACAACGACUGCAAUUCUUGAAUACAACUCCGCUCCUUGCCCUGCUAAAUGUCUAACAAGCAAACCAAUUAUGCCUCAGUUACCUGCCUAUAAUGACACAGCCACCGCCACCGCCUUUAGCCAGAGCCAAAAAAGUCUCCGGAAAGUUGAGGUCCCGACUAAAAUUGACCAUAGCCUAUUUUUUACAGUUGGUCUAGGACUUAACAAUUGCCCAAAAAAUUUUAGAGCUAGAAGAUGUCAAGGUCCUAAUGGUACUCGCUUUACAGCAAGCAUGAACAAUGUGUCUUUUGUGUUUCCUUCAAGCUUUUCUUUACUACAAGCUUAUAAGCAAAACAUACCAGGAGUUUUCACAACAGAUUUUCCGGCAAGGCCUCCGGUAAAUUUCGAUUUCACCGGAAAUGUAAGCCGAUCACUUUGGCAACCUGUUCCAGGCACAAAACUUUAUAAAUUGAAGUAUGGAGAAUCAGUACAGAUUGUUUUACAGGACACAAGUAUUGUUACACCUGAAAAUCACCCAAUUCAUCUUCAUGGAUAUGAUUUCUAUAUUGUUGCUGAAGGAUUUGGAAACUUCAAUCCUAAAACUGAUAGAGCUAAAUUCAACCUUGUUGAUCCACCAAUGAGGAAUACAGCUGCAGUACCUGUUAAUGGAUGGGCAGUUAUUCGAUUUGUCGCUGACAAUCCAGGUGUCUGGUUAAUGCAUUGUCACUUGGAUGUGCAUAUCACAUGGGGAUUGGCAAUGGCUUUCAUAGUGGAAGAUGGAGUUGGAGAGUUGCAGAAACUAGAGUCUCCUCCUCUUGAUUUGCCUAUUUGUUAGGAACUAAUUAAGAUUGGUUUAUAAAAAGAAUGCUACCCAUCAAUAGAGGGUUUAGUUGCUAUAUAUAUUAUAUAUAGUUUUUCAAAAACUAUAUUUUUUCCUAUUGAUAGUAUUAAUAAUUUCAAUGUCGGUUUUCCCUGCAUUUGGGGACAUAGUUUCUUGUUAUUUUUAUGUUUAUUUUUUUUGGAUAGGUUAAUCAGAGAUGAAAAGGCAGGUUUAGAAGAAGAGAUGGUGUCUUGAAAAAUUAGUUACCAUCUCAUUUUAAAUACCUGUACUGUAAAUUUCUUUGUUUCAAUUGUUACUUGGAAUAAUACAUUCUACUUUUUGAAAA